AUGAGCAGCGCAGAUGGCCAGCAAGAUCACCUCAACGGACACUCCGGCUUCAUUCUCGCCGUCUUCUGCGUCGUAUCAGCGCUGGUGAUAUGGCCGCUCAAGAUCCCACUCCCAGCAUACUUGCAGGAUCUCCUGCUGUCGACGCUGUUGAAGACCCGAAUUAUCGGCCGCCAUGAGUUCGUCGCCCUGUCGAACCGACGUCUCCAUAUCCAUCUAUCGCUUACGACAGCGCCAGUGAUGGCGGUGAUCCUGCUGCUGGCAACCACGACGAUCCACGGCUCGACCAUCCGCCUCGGCAUCGUCGGCGACGAGAAUGUCAAGCCCUACGACGUGCUCGUUCUCUUCAUCUCCCUCGCCUACAUCUCCAUCGCCCUAGACGGGACCGGCGCCCUCGAAGCUACGGCAUUCUACGUCUCCAAGCGGGGCGGCAGUUCCGGACGCCUGCUCUUCACCUAUCUGUACGCCUUCUUCCUGCUGACCGCGUGUAUCGUGGGUAACGACCCGCUCAUCCUCUCCGGCACGCCCUUCCUCGCCUACCUCAGUCAGCACACGGGCCUGGAUCCCACGGCCUGGAUCUUUGCCGAAUUCAUGGCCGCGAACACGGCCUCGGCGGUCCUCGUGAGCAGCAACCCCACGAAUAUUCUGAUUACCGGCAGUUUCGGGCUCAAUUACCUGACGGGCUUCACGAAGUGGACGGUCCUUCCAUCGCUCGUCCCCGCGGCGUUGAACUACCCUAUCUUGUUGGGUAUGUUCUGGAAGAAGAUCCCCCGGACGCUGACGCCCCUCACAGACGACCCAUGGAGCAAGCUCCGUGACAGGACUGGCGCGUUCUUCCUCAGCGCACUGAUGCUCAUCACCGUCGCUGUGCUUGUGGGAACGAGCUUCGUGCCAGGCCAUGCAGUCGAGGUGUGGAUGGUGACUGCGCCGGCCGGGGUGAUUGCAUUUUUGUACAAUGUGGUGACGGACUGGAUUCAUCCAGAGACCGGCCGGAUGUUUGAAAUUGCCAGACAUCGAUCGCGUGGAUCCGCCACUGACAGGGAAAGGAACAGAGGGGCAGAAACGGAGAUGGAAAUGGGUACAAUGGACUGCACGAGUCCAAAGCCUACACAAGCACUAGCCUCGAGCGCAAAUCAGCCAGCAGAUCCUGAGAAGGGAAGCCUUGGCCAGCCGGCCUCCAAUACUUCGCACUCUCGAUCACCAACCCUGCCAGCAGGGGACGACGCAACCGCAGAGACAAAGCUUCAAAACGACCCAAAUUCCUGUCCUUCGAAACCGCAUUCACCAUCACUAUCACCAGCACCACAAAUCCCCGCGAGAGACGAAUCCCUCAACAUGACCGCCGCUGCAUCUACAUCUUCACCACUGAAUGCAGCCUCCCCAGCAACACUGACCUCCCUCAUCGACGCCCUAGGCGCCCGCUUCCCCCGAACAACCCACACCCUCAGGCUCCUCCCUAUCCCUCUCCUCCCCUUCGCGAUGUGCGAAUUCAUCCUCGUGCGUGGCCUCGCACAACGCGGCUGGAUCCGCGUCUUCGCCACGGGCUUCGCCCACGCAUGCACCUCCCCCGCCGCGACGGUGUUUUUCUUCAGUUUUGUAUCCGCAGCCUUCCUGUGUCCUCUGGCGGGGACUAACAUCGGCGCAACCAUCAUCCUCGUCGAAAUCAUGCGCCAUGAGCGAUUCAUGGGGAGCGCGCACGUGCGGCGCGACCUCCGGAUCAUGCCCGCCGCAGUAUAUGCCGUGGCGAUGGGCAGUAAUAUCGGGGCCUUUGCGUAUACGUUUGCGGGAAGCCUGGCCGGACUGUUGUGGCGGGGGUUGCUUGCCGAGAAGGGCGUGGUGGUCUCGCAGGGCCGGUUUGCCAAGGUCAAUGCCCUGCCGCUUUUGAUGCAGGUUGUGGUGAGUGCCGCGGUGGUGUUGGGUGAGGUGUAUUGGUGGGUGUCUUGA